AUGUUUGAAUCAGUGGUUGAACUUUUCACAAGCACCAGUGGCUUAAUAUGGACGUCUCUGGUUCUACUUGUGACUUAUUAUCUGUGGAGCAGACACCAAAGACUGAAAUCCCUGCCCCCUGGGCCGACACCUCUCCCACUCUUGGGAAAUCUACUCGAUCUCUCUUCCGGUGACCAGGUUGAAGCAUUUCGUAAACUGAAGGAAAAGUAUGGCGACCUGGUCACUUUGCACGUGGGGUCCUUCACGAUAGUUGUGGUCAGUGGUUAUGACACACUGCGGGAACUGUUCGUCAAGCGUGCACACGCUACGUCAGAUCGGCCUGACAUUUACACGUUCAAGGAGAUAACACGCCGACACGGAAUUACCAGCAGAUCUGGGCCAGAAUGGAAGAUACAUCGAACGUUUGCCCUCAAUGGACUAAGGGAUUUUGGAUUUGGGAAGAAAAGUCUGGAAGGGAAAAUUACGGAAGAAAUUGAAAUAUUUUUAAACUUAAUUGACAAGAAACAAGGAACCCCAGUAUGUCUCGAAUCGCCCAUCCAGAUUAGUGUUGCUAAUAUCGUAUGUUCCAUUGUAUUGGGUAAGAGGUUUGAACAUGAUGACCCUGCUUUUAAGAAACUGAUAUCUUUGAUUCAGGAGAAUAUAGCUCUUGCCGGUGUUUCUGGACUCCUUAACCUUCUUCCUAUUGUGCGAUACAUACCAGGUGAUCCCAUGCAGUGUGGGAAAGUGCUUUCUAACGCUGCCAAGAUUUACGGGUAUUUUGGUGAGCUCGUUGAUCGCCAUCGCAAGGAUUACCAAGAAGAUGACAUCAAGGACAUAAUCGAUGUUUACUUGAAGGAAAUGAAAAAAUUAGAAGGCCAGGUUACAUCAUUUACUGAUUUACAGCUACGAAACACUGUGGCCGAUUUAUUCGCCGCAGGAAUGGAGACGACUACCACCGUUCUUCUCUGGGCUGUCUUGUUCUUCCUCAACAACCCGGAUGUACAGAAGCGUUGUCAUGAGGAGGUAACGAGGGUUGUAGGAGAGGGUCGAUUCCCGUCCCUGUCAGACCGCUCGGACAUGCCGUACAUUGAGGCCACGAUCACAGAGAUCCUCAGAUGUGGGGAUAUAACCCCACUCGGGUUACCACAUGUUGCAAGUGAAGAUGUUGAAAUCAAUGGAUACACUCUCCCGAAAGAAACGGUGCUCAUUACAAAUAUUAACUCUGUUCACACUGAUCCACAACUUUUUAAAGACCCGGGUAAAUUUGACCCAUCAAGAUUCUUGGACAAGGACGGAAAGGUUCAUGGAACAGAGCAUGUCAUUGCCUUCUUCUUUGGUCGCCGUGUGUGUUUGGGAGAGGCCCUUGCCAGGUCUGAGCUUUUCUUAUUCAUCUCCUCAAUGAUACAAAGAUUCCACAUUAAACCUGUGGACGAAAACAACAUCCCUCCUGUUAAGGGCAUCCUUGGAGUGACCUUCAAACCAUGCCCUUUCGAAUGUAUAGCGGAGAAAAGAAUUUAGGAACAUCUCUUAACAACAAAAAAAUCGAAUAAGUGUAGACUUCUAG